UCGACUGCUACUUCCGGUCAAAAGUAUUGUUUUUGGCAAAAGAUUUCGAUUUAUUUUGUAAUAUCUCAGUUUUUGCUGGAAAUAUGGAGAGAUUUGUUUCAAAAUUCAAUACAUCGUUAAUGGCUUCUCAUUGUUUACAAAGAAUAAGGGCAGAUUAUUUAAGGAAAAACGCUAGUUUUCGAGCUUAUGCAACUUCAAAUUUUGGUAGAAACUCCAAACUUUUAAAAACAACAAAAUCCAUCAAAUCUGUGCUGCCGUCACAAACUUCCUCAAUCAAGAUAAACCCUUUGUUGGGACAGUAUAUUCCUGGUAGUCACAACCAAGUAAACAAUGGCUAUCGACAUCUUCUUAAUUACUCUCAAAGUAGGCCUAGAUUAAGAUUGUUUACGACGACGUCGACUGCGUGUUCGAGAUGUUUACAGCAAAGAUUUGUUCAGAAUCCACAUGUCAGUUAUCUUCAUCUUCGAAGAGAGGGAAAAGCACUGUGGAGAAUAUUAGAGCGGUCAAACCUAACUCAUCCUGAUGAUUUGUCAAGGCUUUUUGGCAUUGGUAGUUAUCACUGGUUUAGCACGUCCAGGCGACACCACCAGCAGCAGGAUGAUCCGAAUAAAGAUGAGAAAGGAAAUGAAAAAAAGGGGCCAGAUAAGAUGCCAUUUCUACCCCGGCUAUUCUUCCUCUCCUGGUUGGCCUUCGCUGUAGUGACAACAAUGAGGCUUAUCAGUGGGGAGGACACCACAAAUUAUAGAUUUGUCUCGUGGAAUGAGUUUGUUCAUGACAUGUUGGCUAAAGGUGAGGUGGAGGAGGUGACAAUCCGUCCUGAAGCAGAGGUGGCCAUCAUUCAUCUGGCAGAUGGGGCUGUCGUAAAAGGCAGACGGGCCGAUUCUGGGAGAUACACAAUGAAGAUUCCUGAUCCUGCCAAAUUUGAAGCCAAAUUACGCAAAGUUGAAGAAGAGUUGGGUGUGAGUCCCGGAAGAGGUGUGCCAGUUACUUAUCAAAGAGAAAGCAACUGGGGUCCCUUUAUCAUUCUUGCUGCUGUUAGUGUGGUGAUCUUUUUUGUGCUGAGGAGUUUCAUGAAAGUCAGCCUCCCAAAUCCCAUGGACAUGUUUGCAAGUGAAAGGAAGGCCAAGUUUAUGAGGGUUGACCUCCUGACGCAGCAAGGCAAGGGUGUGAGCUUCAAGGAUGUGGCCGGCCUCAAGGAAGCCAAGGUAGAGAUUAUGGAGUUUGUGGAUUACAUCAGACAUCCAAAGAAGUUCAGGGAGAUCGGUGCCAAGGUACCACGUGGAGCCCUACUCACUGGUCCCCCAGGAUGUGGCAAGACCCUGCUAGCAAAAGCCGUUGCCACGGAGGCUAAAGUGCCCUUCCUGGCCAUGGCAGGAUCAGAGUUUGUUGAAAUGAUUGGAGGACUUGGUGCUGCCAGGGUCCGUGACCUCUUCAAGGAAGCCAGGAAUAGAGCACCAUGUAUCAUCUACAUUGAUGAAAUUGAUGCGAUUGGGAGGAAACGAGGUGCUGCAUCAUAUCAAGGGAGUAGCGAGGAGGAGCAUACGUUGAACCAGCUCCUGGUUGAGAUGGAUGGUAUGGGUACAGUUGAGGGAGUUAUCAUGCUUGGAUCCACCAACAGGGCAGAUGUCCUCGAUAAGGCCAUUCUCCGUCCUGGACGAUUUGACCGUCACAUCAAUAUCGAUCUUCCCACCCUUGAAGAAAGAAACGAAAUCUUCAACAUGUACUUGAAGAAGUUGAAACUAACUGGUAUAUCAGAACAGUACGCAUCCAAAAUGGCCGAGCUUUCACCGGGGAUGAGUGGGGCUGACAUCGCAAACAUCUGUAAUGAGGCUGCGUUACAUGCUGCCAGAGACAAAAAGAAAUCAAUCGAUCGUAAAGAUUUCGAGUAUGCAGUUGAGAGAGUUGUUGCAGGUGCAGCAAAGAAGAGUCGAGUUCUCUCGCCAAGUGAGAAGAAAAUGGUUGCCUACCACGAGGCAGGGCACGUCAUAGUGGGCUGGAUGCUGAAACAUACUGAUGCCUUACUCAGAGUCUCCAUUGUGCCGCGGACAAGCAAUGCCCUUGGAUUUGCCCAGUACAUGCCGUCGGAUAAUAAGUUGAUCUCCAGUGAUGAACUGUUUGAAAAGAUGUGUAUGGCGCUUGGUGGGAGGGUGGCAGAAAGUGUGGUAUUCAAUAAGAUCUCAACAGGUGCUCAGGACGAUCUACAGAAGGUCACCAAAUGGGCUUACGAUCAGAUACGACUCUAUGGCAUGAACUCCACCAUAGGUCCUUUAUCCUACCCAUUGUCCGACAAUAGUGACCACAGCAUCAAACCCUACAGUAAAAAGAUGGCACAUACAAUAGACGAGGAGGCCAGGUCACUGGUAGCACGGGCCUAUGCUAAUACAGAGAGAGUCAUCAAUGAAUAUAAAGAUCAGCUACAGUUGCUUGCUCAAAAACUCCUGGAGAAGGAAGUGUUAUCGUUUGAAGAAGUUGAAGCACUGAUUGGUUCGCCCCCUCAUGGUCCCAAGAGAGUCAUCAGUUUUCCUGGCUGGGAAGGAGAAGAAAACUCCAGGGACCAUAACAAAACAAACGUACAGAUUUGAUCAAGCUUCAGCUAUGUAUCAUAGUUGUUCAUGUGUGAAUUCUUUUGAUCUGCACCAUAAAACUUCAAAGGUGUCUUACAUGUAUAGAAAAGAUUGGGCUUGUAUUAGAGUAAUUGACCUUGUGUGCAAAAAGACAUGUACCUAUAUAUCUAUCCUGAUAAAAGUGCAAGAUAAAUUCUUUCUUUGA